AGGUGACUCAUUCCGUACAGGCAUGUUUUAAAGAGUGGGUAGAUAGAUUUGAGCACGAUCAACCAUGGAUCCUCGCUCUUGUGUCCAAGAUGUGCACCGUUGUGACCUUUGUGAGACCGCCAUAGUAGACAGCUACUGUGACUUUUGUCACGUCAACCUAUGCAUACCUUGUACAGGCAAACACAUCUUAGAUGGAUAUGACAAACAUAAAAUUGUCCCUUUCCAGGAACGAAGAUCAACCCUCAUUUAUCCCAAAUGUGCAAUACAUCAACAAAAAAACUGUGAAUUGCAGUGCAAGGAUUGCAACAAUAUUUUUGUUUGUUCUUUUUGCACUGCAUCUGAACAACACAGGGGACAUAUUUUCGAAAAUAUAUUAACUGCGUACAAGACACAAAAAGAAAAUAUUGAAAAGGAUACAGACGAGCUUAAAAACAUUAUUUCUCCUACCUAUGAAGAUAUUGCACGCGACUUGGAAAAUCAGCUUGCCAACCUGGAUAGAGGAUAUGAGAAACUUACAACAACAAUGUCCAAACAAGGAGAGCAAUGGCACAAUGAAAUCGACAUCAUCAUCAACAAAAUGAAAACUGAAAUCAGCGAGAUACAAGUGAAACACAGAGAUAUUUUACAAAAACAUUUGGAUGAAAUCAAACAAAUACAGUCUCUAAUAAAGCAAACACUACUGGCCAUAAAAGAAAUCGAGAUAUCCACUGAAGUAUCUCCUACAAUUAAAUACAGCUCUAAGAUAAGAGAAAUUAGCAAGCUUCCAUCCAAGGUUCAGGUAUCACUGCCAACAUUCAUUCCAAAACCAAUAGACCGUGAGAAACUGUAUAGAUUGUUUGGACAGAUCACCCCAUUAUCAAAAGAAAAUAUCUCGUUACUAAACCAACCAAACACUUCAUUUAAAGAAUUACUGGAUGAACCAGAGCUUUUGGUCACAAUAAAGACUGGCUAUAGAAAUGUACGCAGUGUUACCUUUUUAAAUGAAGACAGGGUUUGGACAAGUGGAAAGACCAAUAAUAUCGAAUGCUUUAACAUUAAAGGUUCUCUCCUUCAGACAAUCCAGACAAAAUCAGGUAAAUACCCCGAUGAUAUAGCUGUACACAGUAAUGGGGAUCUAUUGUACUCUAGUGAGGCAACACGGACAGUGUAUAAAGUAAAAACAGUAGAGUUGAUCAGAUUACAGGAAUGGAAGCCUAGUCAGUUGUGUGUCACCUCUACUGGUGACCUCCUAGUUACCAUGUACAGUGAUGAUAGAACUAAAUCCAAAGUUGUUCGUUACUCAGGAUCUACGGAGAAACAAACAAUUCAAUUUGAUGAUGAAGGUAAACCUUUUUACUCGGGGUAUGGUCAUUUUAAACAUAUCACCGAGAACAGAAACCAUGACAUCUGUGUAGCUGACUGGGAGGCUGGUGCAGUAGUUGUAGUGAAUCAGGACGGCAAACUCAGAUGGAGAUACAUCGGUCAUCCCUCAGGUACCAAGAACGAACCAUUUAAACCGUUAGGUAUCACAACAGACAGUGAGAGUCGUAUCUUGAUGUCGGAUAUUUACAAUCACUGUAUCCACAUUCUGGAUAAAAAUGGACAGUUUCUCCGUUACAUUGAUGACUGUGGUCUGAGGGACCCUUUUGGUUUAUGUGUGGACAAUGACGACAAUCUGUUUGUGUGCGAGUAUCGCAGAAACAAUGUAAAGAAAAUCAAAUACUUGAAAUAGACGCUGUUAUCUGUGACAAUGAUGGAUCCAAACAAAUAUAAUUGCCAUUUUCUCUAAUCGUUCCAUUGAAUUAUUCAAUAAGAUACAAUAAUGGAUGUCAGUCAAACACGAUUGGCAGUUUCAAUCUUUCAAUUUCAAUUGAAUUAUUCAGUAAGAUUAAUGUCAUAAUUUAUGUUGCUUAUAUGUUGUGGUUCAUUCGUGUUUUUAUAAUAAGAUGGCGGUUGUGAGAAGCUUACUUUCAUAUUCAAAAUAUUAGUCUUAUCUGAGAUGAAUUUUACCAUUUACCUAAAUAAAAUUGCAUAGAUUGCUUAAAAUUAAUCACAGGUGUGUUUUAAGGAUACAUCGUUCAACUGGACUCAUGGACAAAUUUCAAUAUUCUGUGUGGUAACUACCAUAUACAUUGUACAUUGUGUAGUGAACCUGAUAUUCUAUCAAAGAGUAUCCACAUCUUUUGUGAAAAAGCGGUUGAAUACUGUUAAAGAAACUUAUAUGUAGCAAUGCUCAUGUAGAAAGAACGGACCACAAUAUGACAGUGUGAAUUUACAUUUUGAGGUUAUUUACGCUUGUCACAUGCGCGUUU